AAUCUUGCUAAGAUAAAAUAAAAUAUUAGAACACAAGCUCCACAACUUGACAUUAACGUUAUAUUAAUUUAACACUAUCAUUUCUUAUAUUAAAUAAACCUUAAUUUCAUAGUUCAUACCACUUUAAAAAAAUAAAAAAUACCGUUAUGGGCCUAUAGUAGUUUAUAAAGACAUCCAAUACAGACUUAUAGACAUUCAAAACCCUCCUCUUCAGCCACCAUACAUUAUCAUCACACCACCAAGCUCUCACUCCUCUCACAUCGAGCUCAUCGAAGCUCAUCCAUGGCGAUGCAGCAGGUGCUAAUAAAACCACUCAUUCUAACCCUCUUGUGCAUCUCACUCAUCUUACAACCUUCACAUUCUCAGCAGCUUUCCACAUCAUUCUACCACAAAUCAUGCCCCAGAUUCGAACAAAUAAUCCAAGACACCACCACCAACAAACAAAUCGCCUCCCCCACCACCGCCGGCGCCGCCCUCCGCCUCUUCUUCCACGACUGUCUCGUCGAAGGCUGCGACGCUUCCGUCCUCAUCUCCUCCACCCCCUUCAACAAAGCCGAGCGUGAUGCCGACAUCAAUCUCUCUCUCCCAGGUGACGGUUUCGACGUCGUCGUACGCGCCAAAACCGCCCUCGAACUCGCUUGUCCCGGUGUCGUCUCAUGCGCUGACAUCCUCGCUGUCGCCACGCGCAACCUCGUCACCAUGAUGGGUGGCCCCUUCUACAACGUUAAACUUGGUCGGAGAGAUGGAUUGGUUUCACGCGCCUCACGCGCGCAAAACAUUUUGCCCAAACCCACAAUGUCUAUGAACCGGAUCAUAAGAUUAUUUAAAUCCAUAGGUUUUUCCGUACAGGAAAUGGUGGCCUUAACCGGGGCUCAUACUAUUGGGUUCUCACAUUGUAGUGAAAUAAGUUCAGAUAUUUAUAAUUACAAUAACUCCUCAAGGUUUGAUCCGUCUUAUAAUCCUAGGUAUGCUAUGGGAUUAAGGAAUGCGUGUGCGGAUUACCGGAAGAAUCCAUCGUUGUCGGUUUUUAAUGAUAUAAUGACCCCGAGGGACUUUGAUAACUCGUAUUAUAAGAAUUUGCCCAAAGGGUUGGGUGUUUUGAGGUCGGAUAGGGCGCUUGUUAUGGAUCGACGGACAAGGCCGUUUGUGGAGUUGUAUGCGCGAGAUCAGAAGGCGUUCUUUGAGGCGUUUGGUCGAGCGAUUGAGAAGUUGAGUUUGUAUGGUGUGAAGACUGGGAGGAAUGGAGAGAUUCGGCGUAGAUGUGACUCGUUUAAUUAAACUGGUCGAAAUGGUGAGAGUUCAAACCCGGGCGAACUAAAGCUUGCUGGACUUGAGUUGAUUUGAUUCAUUUUGUUUUUUUGAAUGUUAUGUUAAUGAUUAUAUGAUUUUGUAUACUGGAAAACAAGUUUUAUGGCGUAAUUAGUGGAGAAUGAUUAGGGUGUGCCAUUAUUUUGUUUACAUACAUUUUCAUUUCA